GAAAUCGACGAAACUGCUGAGAAACGAUUGAAACGAUUCGAUUAGUCGCUCGAAGAAAGUCGGAAGAAUAAAAAGUGUUUUUAAAUAUAGCUGCAGCAAAAUUUAAAAUAUUUCGGUGCAUUUCCUCUCAGAUUGCACUUUUUCAAUCGACCUAAACAAAGCAUUUGUCGAGGAACCGCAAAAGCAGGCAAAAAACGCCAAAAACAUUUCAAGUGCAUCGCGAUAAGUGACGUUCAUAUUCGUAUGAAAGUGCAGAAACAAUUGCAUUAAAGUGUUUUUAUUGUGUGCAGCAGAGACAAAAAUACAUCAAACAACACUAAGCUGGGAGUUUUAGCUUAAAACAAAAGCGGUGAAUAUCCUUGUAAUUUUCUUUGUGUAGUAUAAUACAAACAAGUCGUAGAAGUCAUCCAUUGACUGACUAAGCUACCAAGCAAGAUGGCGUGGCGCUUUAAAGCUUCGAAAUACAAGAAUGCCGCACCGAUCGUACCCAAACCGGAGGCAUGCAUACGUGACAUUUGUGUGGGCUCCUACCAGACCUUCGGCAAUAAUAUUGCCGCUUCAGCUGCUUUUAUGGCCUUCAAUUGGGAACAUACGGGUUCGAGUGUUGCCGUCUUGCCAUUAGACGAUUGUGGACGCAAGAGCAAAACAAUGCCAUUGUUGCAUGGACACACGGAUACUGUGACUGAUUUGGAAUUCUCACCCUUUCACGAUGGCCUCUUGGCUACGGCGUCACAAGAUUGUCUCGUCAAAAUCUGGCAUAUACCGGAAAAGGGACUGGAGGCAUCACUCUCCGAUCCUGAAUGUGUUUUUUCACAUAAGCAACGUCGUGUGGAGACCGUUGGUUUUCAUCCCACUGCUGAUGGUUUGCUACACUCGACCGCUGCUGGUUGUGUGACACUCUUUGAUAUAACAACACAAAAGGAACUCUUCUCUAAUAAUGAACACCCAGAAGUCAUACAGUCGGUAAGUUGGAAACAGGAUGGCACCACACUGGCUACUAGCUGCAAGGAUAAGAACGUGCGCAUAUUAGAUCCACGCAUCGCUGACUCGCCCAUACAAAUGGUCGCAGAGUCGCAUCCAAGUAUUAAGGACUCACGUGUUGUGUGGUUGGGCAACCAGACGCGUAUACUCAGCACUGGCUUUGAUUCGGCGCGUUUACGUCAGGUUAUCAUACGUGAUUUGCGUAACUUCUCCGUGCCCGAAAAGACACUGGAGCUCGAUUGCUCUACAGGCAUACUAAUGCCACUGUUCGAUCCCGAUACAAAUAUGUUAUUCCUUGCUGGAAAGGGUGACACAACCAUCAAUUAUUUGGAAGUGAGCGACAAGGAUCCCUAUUUGACUGAAGGUUUACGCCACACCGGUGAACAGACUAAAGGUGCUUGCUUGGUGCCAAAGCGUGCGCUUAAAGUAAUGGAGGGCGAAGUGAAUCGUGUGCUGCAAUUGACUUCCAAUAUGGUUAUACCCAUUAUGUAUCAGGUGCCACGAAAGACUUAUCGGGAUUUCCACAGCGAUCUCUACCCGGAAACCACGGGCUAUAAGACCGAGCUGACGGCUAGCGAAUGGUUUAGUGGCGCCAAUAUGCCUGUGCCAAAGAUGAGUUUGGAUCCGGCAAAGCGUGAAUUGGGCGACGCACCAAUAAUUGUACAUCGUGGUAAUUUGAAUGAUUUAAUUAAAAAUAUUGAAAACAAAAAAGUCUCCAACAAAACACCAACCCUCAAAUCGCCCAAUAAUGCGAUGGUCUCCGGUAAUGUGUUGCAACAACAACGCAACGGUAAUGGCAACAAACAUUUCUCAAUGAAAACCAGCAUAGAAAAUGAAAAGGAUGACAGCGAAAAAUCGCGCUUGCACGACAACAACAGCACUAGCGAAUUGGAGAAAGCCGAGGAGCAAGUUUGUACCGUGGGUUUUACUAAAUCCGAAUUGUUACGUAAAUUCGAUAACAAAUAUAAAACUGAUUCGGAGAAGGAUGGCAAGGAUACGGAAUUGAUGCGUCGCUUUAGUCGCGAAUCACCGGCAGAUGAGUCAACAGGCAGCAGUGAGGAUGCGUCCAGUGCAAAUGCGGCCGAGUUGUCAUCACCACAACAACAGCAACAGCGUGAACGCGAGGGCAGUAGCGGCAGCGUUGGUAGUGGUGUCACCUCACCACCGCGUCCGAUGCCGCGCACUUCGCGUAAUAAUUCUCUAGGCGAUGCAGCCACAACUGCUGCGCUUGCAAGUGGUGGUGAUGAGGUUAUGCCGCGUCCACGUCCACGCACCACUGCUGCAGCCGCUUACAAGCCACGCCUCGGACCCAAACCAUUUUCAAGUAAUUCGGGUGAUGUCUCGUUCGAUAAAGUCUUCGCUGUGCCAGUGGCGCCUGGCUCACAGGAGAAUAUACAUCAUGCUUCGACAGCGGGUUCGGCUGAUAAUGGUGGCGAUAGUUUUGUAGCACCAGCACCACCUCCUCCCGUGGCUGCCGCAACACAAAACAAGCCCGAUCUGAUUGUCGAAAUCGAAAUUAAAAAGCCCAAUGCUGAUAACGAAGGCGACAGCAACGUACAGAAAACUCUGUCGACCUCCGAGCGUCGCAAGUCCUCGGCUGAUGCUGAUGAAUCGCCCGACAAGAUUUUCGAACAAACACAUUCGGAGUCUUCGGAGAACUCUACCGAAGGGGAUGACAAGCCAGAUGCGGAAUUGCGUCGUUUCUCGGCGGCACGUAGCAGUAUUGCUGAAAGGCGGCGCUUGUAUGAGAGCCGUUCGAAGAGUACGGUGGAGGAGAAAUCGCAAUCGCCAGUGCCACUACGUCGCGAACUCUCCAAGGGCGAACCAUUUAAACCACAACAACAAGCCAAUUUGACCACACCAACCGCCGAUGUGAAACGUAUUUCUGCACCGGAGGGUAAACUCUUGGAAGAACGUCGUCGCAAUGUCUCAACCAGUGUGGAUGGUGGUGGCGCUGCCAUUAAGAAGUCAGCCACAGAAGCAGCUAUAACCAACACACACAAACGCACUUCGACUGUUUUCGGCAAAGUUUCGAAAUUCCGUCAUCUAAAAGGUACUACCGGUCACAAAUCCACACACAUUGAGAAUCUACGCAAUCUAAGUCGUCAGAUACCGGGUGAAUGUAAUGGUUUUCAUGCUAAUCAUGAACGUGUUGCUGUGCCCCUAUCGGGUCCCGGUGGCAAAAUCGCCAUAUUCGAGUUAAGUCGUCCGGGUCGUCUACCCGACGGUGUUAUACCAUCAUUGGUGAAUGGUAGCAACAUAAUGGAUUUCCAAUGGGAUCCUUUCGAUUCGUCACGUUUGGCUGUGGCCUGCGACGAUGGCAUCGUUAAGUUGUGGCGCAUACCAGAGGGUGGACUCAGUGAGCCCACGAACACGCCGGAACGUGAACUUAUUGCACAUUUGGAUAAGAUUUACUUUAUACGCUUUCAUCCGUUGGCCGAAGAUGUGCUCUUAACGGCCAGUUACGAUAUGACCGUUAAGCUGUGGGAUUUACGUACUUUGGAGGAGAAAAUUCUAUUAACCGGUCACACCGAUCAGAUAUUCGAUUUGGCCUGGAGCCCUUGCGGCAAAAUGGCCGCAACCGUGUGCAAGGAUGGCAAGUUGCGUGUGUACAAUCCACGCAAGUCAGAGACACCCAUACGCGAGGGCAAUGGUCCGGUGGGUACGCGUGGCGCGCGUAUCACAUGGGCGCUGGAGGGUCAAUACAUCGUCUGCACUGGCUUUGAUAAAGUUUCGGAGCGUCAGAUUAGCGUUUACAAUGCACAAAAACUAAAUGCACCACUGAAUACGGCCAGUUUGGACGUCUCGCCAUCCAUACUGAUACCCUAUUAUGAUGAGGACAGUUCCACGUUGUUUGUGACGGGCAAAGGUGACUCGACCAUUUACUGUUAUGAGAUUACGGAUGAGGAGCCAUACAUUUGUCCCUUGUCGCAUCAUCGUUGCACAUCACUGCAUCAGGGUUUGAGUUUUCUCACCAAAAAUCAUUGUGACGUCGCGAGUGUUGAAUUCUCGAAAGCGUACAGAUUAACUAACACCACCAUUGAACCGUUGAGUUUCACUGUGCCACGUAUUAAGAGCGAACUAUUCCAAGAUGAUCUUUUUCCGCCAACACGCGUCACAUGGAAGCCCACUAUGUCUGCGGAUGAAUGGUUUGCAUGCAACGAUAGGAAAGCGACUAAGUUGAGUUUGCAGCCUGAAGGCAUGGAAGCAUUAUCCUCCAUACAACAAGUGGCACCCGCUAAGAAGAUUGAACAUGCAGGCAAUGGCAGUAGUGGCGGUGCACUUACUCGGGCGGAAUUCGAGAAGAACAAACAACAAGAGAUUCAAAAGUCAGUGAGUGCCCGCUUGGAAUACAAUACCAAACUAGAACAGGAUGACAUGGAGGGUGUGGAUGAAAAUGAGUGGCAAGAGGAUUAGAGAUUUUUGUCAAAAACAAAAACAAAAGCAAAAACAGUCAGUGCGCAACUAAGCGCUGGCAUUUAGCAGUAUAUUACAUUAAGUUAAUGUUUAUGAGCGUAAAUGAGUAUGGAAGCGGACAUACCCAUUAGACAACUUUGAUAUGUAUGCAAAAACAUACAUACAUACAAAUAUAUAUAUUUUUUAAAUAUAUUUAGCAAUUAUAUUCGUUUUCACACAGUACAUUCUCAUACGGUACAUUCGUAGCAUUUUGUAUUUACAAGCAACAGUAUAACAGUAAAAAUAAUAUAAUAAAAUAUUUGCGAUAAAUUUCAAAAAAAAAAAAAAUAAAAAAUAAACACUUCCAGGGACCAAAUUUACAUUACAAUAACAAAAAAAGAACAAAGGUAUAUAACGCAAAAGACUGCAUAUAAACGUAUUUUAGUUAGUUGGAAAAAAUAUUUAUGUGAACCGUGAACUUCCUGUUUUAUUAUAUAAAUUUAAUCUAAAUUUAUAAUUAACGAAACUUAAGCAUAUUUUAAUUAAUACUCAAGAUUUGCCAAAAAGAAAAGAAAUUUUAAUACGAACUCGAUAAUUCUUAUAACAAUUCACAUUCCAAAAGUGAAAUUAAAUAAUUACAUUAAAUAUGUUUUUUUAUGAUUUAUAAACGCGCUGUUUACUUGAACAACAAAAAAGCGAAAUUUGAGGUUAUAAAUGUGAAUUUUUAUUUAUAUUUACAACUUAAAGCAAAAUUUGAGAUAAUUUUCGCAUUUUGUUGUUAGUCUUAUUAAAGGAAAGCGUCUAAUUGAAAACUGUUGCCAUAUGACAUGCAAAUUCCUUUUGUUUAUUUACAAAUAUUUAACGACAUUAUAAUUAAAUUUAUAUUUAUAUACAAGUAUAUACAUGUAUGUGUAGUUGAUAUACAAUAUACUGUGAAAUAUGCAGACACACAUACAGUAAUUAAGACAAAAAAAAUUUAUGUAAUCUAUUUUAUAACUGAUAACUAAUGGAUACACUAAAAUCAUUAUGAUUAUUAAUGACAAAGCUGAUGUGACAACAUUUUUUCUCUUUAACAUACACACACUUAUGUAUUUAUGUUUAUUAUCUUUUAUAAUUAUCUGUAAAUUAUUAACUUAUAAUAACAUAAACUACAACAAAAAAAAAAAACAUAACAAAUUAUGUUACAAAGAAAACUUUUGCUCUCUAGUCUUCGGAUAAAGAAUUUAUAUAUAUUUUUUUCACGGAAAUUUUAGAACUGUUUGCUGCACUACUCGUACGUACUACAACCUACAAACAAUCAAGCGAUAAAUGAACCGUUCAAUAUUUAACUCUCAACAGCAACAACUGGUUGGCAAUAUUUUAUAGGGUGUUGCGGGUGUAUGAUGGAAGAAUUAUAGUAGAAAUAAAAGCGAAUGAAAUCACAUUUGGAAAAUGAAUCAUUGAAAUGAUCGAUUUGAAUUCGAAUUAACGAUUAUAUGGAUUAUAUUUUUCUAUUUUUCAUAUUGACGCAAGUGUCACGACAGCGCUAAACCUCCUAAUCUGGUAUUUCUAACAUGAAAAAUUGAAAGAAUAAAUCUUUGAGAUUUUUUGAGGUUAUGUACCCUACUAAGAAACUCCAUUUGUCGAAAAGUAAAAAGUGUGGUUAGGUUGUUUUUAUUUUAAUGCAAUAAUUUAUUAAAUAUUUUAAACAUUCUAUGUGGACUGCUGAAUACUGAAUAUUUUAAUUUAUUAUUAAAAUAAAAUUAUUACCAAUAACAGUUUCCAAAUUCCUUAUUCGUACUUCAGCGGUAAUCUCCUCCUCCUCCAUAUAACCUCUAAAUUUAGCGCACAACACCCUAUGCCAUCUUGCUAAACACCACAUGUUAUUGUUGUUGCUGUGUGAGCAAUACUAAAAUAUAUAAGAAACAAAAAACAAAUCGCUGCAUAACGAAAAGACUUCAAUAAAAUAUUGCCAUAAUGUUUACAUCAAUUUUUAUACCAGAAAAAAAAAACCCUUAAAAAUUAAAAUUGAAAAAAAAACGUAUUUUGAAAAACUAACAAGUAUUUACACUUAUUGAGAAUUCAGAAAAUCAAGUUUACGGUAACAAGUGCAUAAUAUAAUUACAACAAUUACAAUAACAAUGUCACACACAUACAUACAUAUAUACAUAUGAAAGCAACAACUCAGGCCCACAAUUGGUGCUGGUCGUCGUUCUUACACAAUUUAUCGUAAAUAUAAGUAAACUACAAUACGUUUACUAAACUUUUAAACGACAACAAACGCAUACAUACAUACUUACAUAUAUAACAUACCAGCAAUGUUGGAUAACAGCAACAAUUUAAUACAUACAUACACCAGUAAUGAUAUGAUGAUCCGCGCUUAAGCUAACGACAAUUUAUUAAAACACCAGUAGUUUUAGUAUACAACAACAACAAAUACAUCAAAUUUACAAC